AGGAAACCCCGUGCGCAGGAGCGGGCCGGGGCGGGGGGGAGCGGGAGGAAGCGGCGAGUUGCUGUCACGCCGUCAAUGGUGCAAUAUCCUUCCGCUCUCGAGGAAAAAAGUAGUUCCAUGUUCCCCUGACCUCGUGGCCCCGAGUGGUUCAGGUACCCUCUCCAGAGCACCUCGAACAGUGGGAUGAGGGGCGCCCCUUGGGAAGAGGGCUCAAUUCGGGGCGAUUCAUGCUUUUUUCGCUGUGUCGCGAGGUGUAUAUCCAUGCGCAGAGCAGGGAGAAACGAGUCCGGCGGCGGGGCGGGUAUAUAAAGCGGGCGCGGCGGAGGAUUUGCCUUUUCAGUUGAGGACAGACCCGGUGAUCGGAACAUGUCAGGCGGCUCCGCGGAUUAUAGCAGAGACCAUGGCGGCCCAGAGGGAAUGGACCCCGAUGGUGUCAUUGAGAGCAAUUGGAAUGAGAUUGUUGACAAUUUUGAUGAUAUGAAUUUAAAAGAAUCCCUUCUAAGGGGCAUUUAUGCUUAUGGUUUUGAAAAGCCUUCAGCUAUUCAGCAGAGAGCUAUUAUUCCAUGCAUCAAAGGGUAUGAUGUGAUUGCUCAAGCUCAGUCAGGUACUGGCAAGACAGCCACAUUUGCUAUUUCCAUCCUGCAGCAGUUGGAGAUUGAUCUCAAGGAGACCCAAGCACUAGUAUUGGCCCCUACCAGAGAACUGGCUCAACAGAUUCAGAAGGUAAUUCUGGCCCUUGGAGACUACAUGGGAGCAACAUGCCACGCUUGUAUUGGUGGUACAAAUGUUCGCAAUGAAAUGCAAAAACUUCAGGCUGAGGCUCCACACAUUGUGGUCGGCACUCCAGGGCGUGUGUUUGAUAUGUUAAACAGACGCUACCUUUCACCUAAAUGGAUCAAAAUGUUUGUUCUGGAUGAAGCUGAUGAAAUGUUGAGCCGUGGAUUUAAGGAUCAAAUUUAUGAGAUCUUUCAAAAACUAAGCACAAACAUCCAGGUUGUGUUGCUAUCAGCUACCAUGCCAAUGGAUGUGUUGGAGGUGACCAAAAAGUUCAUGAGAGAUCCCAUACGUAUUCUGGUGAAGAAGGAAGAACUGACUCUGGAGGGUAUCAAGCAAUUCUACAUUAAUGUUGAAAGAGAGGAGUGGAAGCUGGAUACUCUCUGUGACUUGUAUGAGACACUGACCAUUACACAGGCUGUUAUUUUCCUGAAUACAAGGAGAAAAGUAGACUGGCUUACAGAGAAGAUGCAUGCCAGGGACUUCACAGUCUCAGCUCUGCAUGGUGACAUGGACCAGAAGGAACGGGAUGUUAUCAUGAGAGAGUUUAGAUCAGGAUCAAGCCGUGUCCUGAUCACUACUGACUUGCUGGCUCGUGGUAUUGAUGUGCAGCAAGUGUCGUUGGUGAUUAAUUAUGACCUGCCAACCAAUCGUGAAAACUACAUUCACAGAAUUGGCCGGGGUGGUCGUUUUGGCAGAAAAGGUGUGGCUAUAAAUUUUGUCACUGAAGAGGACAAGAGGAUCCUGCGAGACAUUGAGACUUUCUACAAUACUACAGUGGAGGAGAUGCCAAUGAAUGUGGCUGAUCUCAUUUAAUCCCUGGGAUGAGGUGUCUGAAUGCCGUGAUCGCUGUUGCUGAAUAGGCGAUUCACAACGUGCAUCGUGCUUCUUUCUUUGGGGAUAUAUUGAAUCUUGUCUCAAUGCUCAUAACGGAUCAGAAAUACAGAUUUUUGAUAAGCGAAGCGACUUUUUGUCGUGAGCUCUUGUGGGGAAAGCCACUGGCUUUAUCCACUUUAGGGUUAGACUGUUGGGGUUGGGUGGAAAGUCAUGGGGUCUGUAAAUUUUUUCUUUAUUAGAAAUUUAUUUCCUAGUUCCAUAGAAGUGGUUGUAUUAGAUGUUCUUUAUCAUUUAAUAAUUUACUUAUGGACUAAAAGAUACAAGUGCUGUAUAAAGUCAGCCAAUUAUGUUAAACUAGCCUACCUUCCUUUAUUGUAUGUACUUACACUUCAGACUGAAUUGGAAAGGCCUUUCAAAAUCUCUAAACUUUUAUAAGAGCAUUAAAAUGCAUUUUUGUUUCAUAUGUAUUUAUUCAAUAAAGUAUUUAAUUAGUGGUAAGUGUGAUCUGGACCCUGUUGCUAAGCCCCAGCAAGCAAGCAAUCAUACUAUUGUCUUAGUUAGGGUUAAACCCAGUAAAAUUUGCCAUAUUGCACAUGUCUUAAUGAAGUUUGAAUGUUCAAUAAAAUACUUCUAUAUUCACUUAAA